GUUUUUGAAGGCAUCUUUUUUUCUCGCGUUAUUGUCUAAUGUAGCUAGUUGUCCAGCUUUAUCUAGAUAACUGGUAGGUAGCUGGCUGAAAAAACAAAGCCCUGUUUGUUAUUCGGACUUAUAUGAAGUCACUUAGGACCAAAGCGCGCAGAGAAUGAGAAGAGUUACCCUGUUUGUUAACGGGACGUCUAAAAAUGGCAAGGUUGUAGCCGUUUACGGGACCUUGUCUGAUCUGCUGUCAGUGGCGAGCAAUAAGCUGGGAAUCAAAGCUUCCUGUUUAUACAAUGGGAAGGGUGGUCUCAUAGAUGACAUCGCCCUAAUACGGGAUGAUGACGUACUGUAUGUGUCAGAGGGAGACCCAUUUAUUGACCCACAGAGUGAAGUCAGGGUCACAUCUGAUCAGCACGGAGCACACACCGACUGGCUGACCCUGAAUAUCGGUGGUCGCCUCUUUACCACCACAAGGAGUACUUUGGUCAGCAAAGAGCCGGAGAGCAUGCUCGCUCACAUGUUCCGUGAAAAAGAUGUGUGGGGAAACAAACAGGACAAGUAUGGGGCGUACCUGAUCGACCGCAGCCCUGAAUACUUUGAACCAAUUCUGAACUAUUUGAGACACGGUCAGCUCAUUGUCAAUGAAGGAAUAAAUAUACGAGGAGUCUUGGAGGAGGCUCGGUUCUUUGGAAUUGAACAACUGGCUGAGCAGCUGGAAGUUGUAAUCAAGUUUUUACCAUUUAAACAGAACUCACAGCCACCCGAGGAUCACUCUCCCAUUUCCCGAAAGGAGUUUGUUCGUUUUCUCCUGGCCACCUCCACCAAGUCGGAGCUCCGCUGUCAGGGUCUUAACUUCAGUGGUGCCGAUCUGUCCCGACUUGAUCUGCGCUACAUCAACUUCAAGAUGGCUAACCUCAGCCGCUGCAAUCUGACGCACGCUAAUCUGUGCUGCUCCAAUCUGGAGCGGGCCGACCUCUCUGGAGCCAACAUGGAUGGCGCUAAUCUGCAAGGAGUUAAGAUGCUCUGCUGCAACGCCGAGGGAGCUUCUUUAAAAGGGUGCAACUUUGAAGACCCGUCUGGAUUGAAGGCCAAUCUUGAAGGUGCGAAUCUGAAAGGAGUUGACAUGGAAGGAAGCCAGAUGACCGGCGUCAACCUGCGUGUGGCCACCCUGAAAAACGCAAAGCUGAAGAACUGCAACCUGCGGGGGGCCACUUUAGCGGGGACGGAUUUGGAGAACUGCGACUUGUCUGGCUGCGAUCUGCAGGAAGCCAACCUGAGGGGCUCCAACGUGAAGGGGGCCAUUUUUGAGGAGAUGCUGACCCCUCUGCACAUGUCGCAGAGCGUCAGAUAACUCGCCCGCAGAACCGAUUUUUCUCUCUCUCUCUCCACGUCCUUUCUCUCCCCGUGUGUCAUACUGCACAUUCCUCCUCGUCCAAUCUGGCUUUACCUGUCCUCCGCCGCGGGUAAACGGCAUGCGCGACUCCCUGGCGUUCUGACAAUAUUAGACUAGCUUUAAAUACCUUGCACUAUGAGAAGUUCCCAGGGUUGACGGCGUGCGUUUCCUCAACAUCCUGCUGCAUUUAUCACCAAAACUUAAGUCGUCUUCCUGGCGUCGUGUGCGGACGCAGUCCAGUGAUUCUGCUUGCUGUUACGUGUGUCAUUUUACUUAUCUCGUUUCACUGGACGUGUUACUAGGAGUUCGAGUCAGAAUACAUGUGAGCAGAAAAAAAAAGCUGAGCUUCACCGAAUGCUGCUGUAGCAACAACAGAAGGGGUUGCUACACCAAUUACUGUGUCCGUGCGCAAAGGGUCUCUCCUUGAAAUAUUAAACUUUACGUUGCUGGAUUCUCAAGCCAAAGCCAUACAGCGCAGCAGGCUUUAGUCUAAGAGGCUGAAACCGCUGUUAGUGCGCCGCAAAACUAUGCUACAGCUUGAAUAUGCAAUGCGCCGUGUAGAGCUGUAACGUUUCUCAUUGUUGGUGUUUGUUUGUUUUAGUGCUCCGUGAAUCUACCUCCUCUACCGUUUCUGUGUGUAAGCCUCCCAAAGUUUUGCAUGCUUGUGAGCGUCGCAUGGCUUGUCGAAUCGUCGACGUGUGUUUGGAUUGUAGUGCUCCGUCUCCUCCAUUUAAUCCUACCACCUAAUCAUGCUUUGAACCUAUUUUGCACAUGUCCAUGUUACCUUGUUACACGGUGUAACCUUCUCGCCAAACGUCUCGGUGCUUUACCUUCGUAUAAUAAUGACGUAAACGUAGAACAAAUCCAGUGCUUCCAAAGCUUCGCGGGGGGCAGCUGGGAUGUCGUGCUCUUUGCUUCGUGAGACUCCUCGCCUCGCUUCCAGGUGGUCCGGUGUCCGUUAUGCACGUAUGAAGACCCCCCACCUUCACCUCCUUUGUUUGUGGGAAAACUGGUGAAGUUUCUCCGGCUGCAGCUCCGAGCUGCUCUGAUGCAAUACUACAAGCGUUCACACGGCCAGACCGUAGGUACCCCAGCCUCUCAGAAUGAAUAAUGAAGGCAAUCAUGUUGUGUAUUUAUACUUGAGAGGUCAAGUCAGUGGAAGAGCUGUGGUUAUUUAUUUUUAAUACAUCUCAUCGAAUGCAACGCAGGCCAGAUUUGGGUGUUGGAUUGUAGUUAUCUCCUUUCGUUGCACUCAGCCAUGGGAAUAUUUCCAUGAACGACUGUUAGAAAUAAACUGCUAUAAAGAAGAAAA